AUGAACUCAAUCACGGUACAUCGCCUCAAUGUUCAACCGGGUCUUUCAAUAUACGACCCCAAAACCGAAGCAGGUGCAACAUGGUACGACGCUCUAAGAGUCGUGGCUGCGCAUGAUGGAUGGAAAGUCGCGUGGUGGGGUCGGGCUGGUAACGAUGAAAGGAACUCUUGCCUAUUCAUGGUCGUUGGUAUGUGUCCCAGGGUAUCCAAAGGCGGAAGACCAAAUAAAGGAUUGAGUCCUGACUAUGAGAGGCUGGCAGAAUGGGAAUCAGAUGAUAACGCAGCAGCAUUCAUAACUUGUGAUAAAGACAAUCAUGGCCUGCCGAAAUUCCUCGCUGUUGCACAAUGCCUCCUGUGCGGCCCUCAAGAGCCACGAUUAUCGUCACCAGCGCAUUGGGUAUCGUCGAAGCAAAUAGGGCCAAGUUUCUUGACUCCAGCACCAUUCUCGGUUACCAGAUUAUAUUUCCUCCGUGUCCACCGACGAGCCGAUGUAGAAAUGAAACAGUGGCUUCUGGGGCUGAAUAUUGACUUCCAGCUGUUCAGGGGCAACUUGUAUGAGGCAUCUAGUCAGAUGCGUGAUCAAGCUUCUGGCGUCGGCGACCCGUUCUUGGGUUUGGACUGGGUAGAACUAAAUCCCAGAGCCCCUUUACCCGCAGAAUCCUCUGUAGGGAGCUCGAGACUCGGUACUGAUCACAUCGUACUUCUGGGCAUGUCAUGGCGGGAUAGCGAGGGGGAGCAGAGAGUUUUGGAUGAACCGAAGAUGGUCUAUUUUGGCGAGGAUACCGACCCUGACAGUAGAAUAUCGUAUCGAGAAUAUCUACACAUGGUGCUCGAGCGGUAUCAGGCUACAGUUGAGCAAGAAGUUUCCAUUGCCUUUGAGACUUUACAUGAGGGAAACCUUGAGCUGGCACGUGAAGAACGCUUCUCAACGUACCUCGCCCGGGGACAUGGUUUUCCGAUUGAACCUUGA